AUGGACAGUCAGGUUGAGAGCAAGAUCGAAAAGCGCCCGGAGGAAAGCGCCAGCCAAGUACCCGCAAUACCUUCUCCAGCUCCUCUCCUAAGACCAGCAAUCCAUGGCAGCAACCCUAGGAUCAACAGUGGAGCACGAACACCACGCCUGGGCCUCGCGAUCCCUCCCUCUCCGAGUCAGAAGCCCCUCAGCAGUGGUGGAUCUAUUCCAGAUCUCCCAUCGCAAUCAUCCCUUCCCCCAGUCUCGCAAAUAUCACGACCCUCCAACAGGCCUGCUCCACCUCAACUACGUCUCGCUACCCCAAUGGGCAGCAGUAAGACUCCCACAGAUCAGGCCUUGCCUUCAAGCAAUCGACCACAGCCCCAGCAACUGAGCACAUCUAUGAGUGUCGGAAGUGACGGGAGCGAACGAUCGAGAUCUGAUAGCUUUACAAUGUUGGAUGGGAAGAACAGCAAUCCUACGUCAGCCUCAUCCUCGGGUUUCUCUACCCACAGGCAUCCUGCAGGUACACCAGAUCCAGCUUCGGCAAUCAGCUCGGUAUAUUCUGAAGCAGGGGCUACAACGGAGAAGGAAGGAAGUCAUCAUACUCUGCCUGAUUUAGCCCAACUCAGCUUGGAAAGAGGAAGGGACUUAGAUGUGGAUGAUCUGAACGACGAUGGAUGGAGAGCAGCAAGCGAACAAAAACAAAUUGUUGAAUUGGGCAGUUUGGGUGAAGGUAGUGGAGGUGCCGUAACAAGAUGCAAACUGAAGAAUGGCAAGACAGAGUUCGCUUUGAAGGUAUGCUCAGCGAUAUACGACCUUUUGUAUUCAAAUCUUGUGAUUGCUAAAGCACAACAGAUCAUUACCACAGAUCCUAAUCCAGAUGUUAAAAAGCAGAUAUUUCGCGAGCUAGCCUUCAAUAAAGACUGCGAUUCCGCAAAUAUAUGCAAGUACUACGGAGCGUUUGAUGAUUCUUCCGGGACCAUUAGUAUAGCAAUGGAGUAUUGCGCCGGUGGCUCCCUUCACGGCGUCUACCAGGAAGUCAAGAAAUUAGGUGGCAGGACAGGAGAAAAGGUCCUAGGAAAAGUCGCGGAAGGGGUAUUGAGCGGGCUAACGUAUCUUCACGGACGACGAAUCAUUCACCGGGAUGUCAAACCAAGCAACAUUUUACUCACGCGAGAAGGACAGGUAAGGCUCUGCGAUUUUGGCGUCAGCGGGGAUACAGGUACGAAAGGAGAAGCAAAUACUUUCAUUGGAACUUCAUAUUAUAUGGCACCAGAGCGCAUCACUGGACAGUCAUACACCAUCACCUCAGAUGUCUGGUCGUUAGGUGUUACCUUACUCGAGGUUGCACAGCAUCGAUUUCCGUUCCCAGCUGACGGAACGGAGAUGGCUCCCAAAGCUGGACUGAUCGAUCUAUUGACAUAUAUCGUGAGGCAGCCGAUCCCGAAGCUAAAGGAUGAGACUCCAGAUACCAAAGGUGAAGGAGGUAUCGCGUGGAGCUCAAAUUUCAAGUACUUUAUUGAAUGCUGUCUCGAAAAGGAGGCGACACGGCGGGCUACGCCAUGGCGCAUGAUGGAGCAUCCCUGGAUGGUGGAGAUGCAGAGCAAGAAAGUCAACAUGGCGCACUUCCUGGCUCAAGUAUGGGACUGGAAAGACUGA